AUGAGCACAGCGGCGAGCCGGUCGCCCCCUCCGGCCAAGCGGGCACGGCGCCUCCUUCGAGGGCGCCAGGCGUCUUCAUCCUCGUCCAACUCCUCUCUGCCGUCGACCACCAGUGCCAAUCCAUUGGGUCGCCGGCUGCGCCACUGCAACUCUGUAGAGGAGGUGCUGCCACAUCGACUUUGCGCCACCAUCCAAGCACAGGAUACCGACCGUCUCAACUCCCACGCACCAUUUCGCACAUAUGGGGAGGAGGGCCAAUCCUUGCAGGAAUUUUGUCAAGAUCGUCCAAAACUCUUGCGCAGCUACUGUCCAACGCCAAGACGGUCAAUCAUCUACCUGCAGCCAAUCAUAGAUGAGCGCCAGCCCACUGAGCUUGAGCAGCUCGACUUGGACUUUGUGAGCCGGUUCCUCGAGGCCUUUCUCCCAACGAUGAAGGUACGGGUAAUGGAACCCUGGCGCAUCGAAGUGCCCGCCAAGGCGACCAAGACCAAGGCACACUACGAAACCACGCUCAAAGUGGGCCAUGGGGGCGAGUACUCGGUGGCAGCACGUCGCUCACGCGACGGACCUUCUCUACACCCACAAAUCGGUCUCAAUGAUUUGGCAGAUGCCCUGCUCUACAAGGUGCCCCGAGAUGCGUGGUGCCGCGUUGGCGUAUCAAUGUUGGAUCUCUACGAGGACGAUAACGACGACUUUUGCAUGGGUCGAGCUUGGGGCGCGAGUCGCGUCGCGGUGUUAGGCUUCUUUCGCUAUGCUGCUGAGCUAGGGAAAGGACGCCCCCCUCGUGGCGUGCCAGCAUUGCGCGAGGCCAUGGUGAAAACGCUGACGCACGAGAUUUUGCAUUGUUUCCUGUUUGAUCAUUGCACCCGCGGCAGUUGCUUAAUGAAUACGACGGGCAAUCUGCACGAGGACUUUGAGGCCCCCUUAUGGCUGUGCGAGGAGUGUUUGGCCAAGUUAUGCCUGACGCUCGAUUUUGACGUCCGGGAUCGCUAUGCGUGCCUCGCAGAGGCAUUGACUGGCGAGCCCGCAUUUGCUGGAGACUUGCAGCACCUGCUGGCCCGCCGAGACGCAGCCCGCCGCAGCUCGCCAUCGAUGAGCCAGCCGGCUACGUAAGCUCUCUUGAGGGUCGGAUUAGGCGUGAUUUUCCUGCGCGGCGCCAGCUUCUCCCACCAGUCCAGCCGCCCAGCGGCGGUUUCGCAGUUCCUUCUUGAUGCGUGCAUAUUCUGUCGCCACCUCGAAAAACUCGGGACCCAGUGCCUGGUAGCUCUGCGAGCAGUCGGGCCGAUGUUGCAAAACAGCCCGAUGUGAGGCAAAAGACGUGAGAGACGGCGCACACAGGUCAAGCGCUAUAUUAUCAGUGUCAGCAAAAUUGACUGUCAAAACUGG